AUGGAUCAGAAACUGCAAACGCGUGCGACAGUCAAUCUCACGCGACCGGAUAUUGAGAAGAUACCACAAAUCUCCUCUCCCCAAAAGGGCAAGAAUCUAAUCUUCGCCCCACUAGUCGCCAGCACUCCCGACGCAAGCUUCGCCGACAUAACCGCGGAUGAACCAACCAUAGUCGGGAUCCUCAACCGCAAGGUACUAUCACCUAUGAAACCAGCCCACGCUCCAGCCAAAACCCGAAUCGUUAUCAAGUGUCGCCAUGUCGCUCCCAGAGCGAAAGCCAAGACAGGACCACCGCUCUCACCCACCAAACAGAGUGAAACCCCAGAAAACUGGCAAACCAAUCCCGCUUGCACGCAACAUGGACGCAAAACACAUGACACCACUCUCAAAGAAGCUUCCACGGGUGCCACGACCCUCUCGGAGCAAAAAGGUCGAAAUACCACUCAAAACUCUUCCAAGUCCCCGCCAUUCUACUAG